CACUUUUGGAAAACGAACGCCAAGGAGCAAGUCGCAAGUGCUUGUUUUUCCUUCGUCUCACAGAAUUCGGGUGAUUUAUGAAUGCGUUGAAAACUCCGAAUCGAUGUGUUCGACGGCCACCCUGCCUUUCACAAAGUACGUGUCAGGAGGCGCGGAAACGCGCGAGUGGCUAGUAUUUUCGACGUUUGCGGCUCUCCUUUGCUUUUCCGCUUUCCUCUUUUCUUCGUUUGAAAAAAAAGCCUGCUUUGCCCGUCCACCUUCCGUGUUCUCCGGUGCACUCUCGUCAGGCGCGAUUUUCACGCUGUCUGUUCAGCUGUGGAACAUCUCACGGCCUAUCUCGUAAAUAGCCAGACCUGGGGUCACUUUCAGUCUUUUCCAUCAACCAGCUAUGCAAACCGCAGCAAACGCUCUUCUUCAUGGAUGAGUUCUCAUUUAAUUCGACAGGCUUCUUGCUCGACUGCAGUUUCUCGCUGAUCCCUGAUUCAUGUAAGGAAAACAACUUUGAGUAGACCCUGGCGGGAGUUUCCCGGCCUGUGCGUUAUUUGACUUGGCAGCCAUGAAGACGCGAGCACUCUCUUUUCGAAAAUUCGUGAUUCGUUUGCCUUUUGCUGUUCUGUCUGUUUGCUUUUGGUAAAUGUUUCGCGUUCUGCGUCUCUCGUUCCCCUCAAAGAGCUUUACACUUUCUGCACCAUCCAUCGCGUCUCGCGUCGUCGACUUCACUGUCGAACUGUCUUGCUUCCCGAGUUUUUUUUCCACAGCUGAGGUGCCGAAGAAGUUCCUGAGGAACUCCUUUCUGAUUGUCUCUUCAUCCGCAAGAGUGUGAGCAGCGGUGAAGUGUAUUCGAUCAACAGAACGUAAAUGGAUUGCCUGCGUGACAUUCACACUUCAGACUUGUUCUUAGCACGGUCCAGCUUUUCUCGAAGCUCUCUAGAGUUCGAGGAGCUCUGAAGACAACUUCACUCUUCCUUUCGAUGCCGUCGAGCUCCUUUGAUCUGUUUUUUCUACUUGGAAAUCGACCACGUCCUUCAACGCUUUCUGCCCAAGUUAAUGUGUCUGUUUAUUCGAUUUGAGUUACACUGAUGUGAACACAUGAGAUCAGCGACUAUAACAGUAUCCUCCUGAAACUCACGGUACAGGCUGUAAACAAACGACUCCCUGCUGAACUCUUCUAAGCUUCUGUCUCGCCACUUUCUGCUGCUGACUCGCGUGCAUUCGCGCAUUCUGACAAAGGCAGGCAAGAGAACGGAGGAGAGUUUGUCAAGAGGAGCAACAAGUUUGCGGAAGGCGCGCGGGGUUUGGCAGCUUCUCACGGAAACUUCACUCUCUGAGAAGAUGGACGUCUCCGGUCGAGGCUUUUCAGGUCCUCUCAGAAGCCAGGCGACACGUGCAAGAGCGUCGCAGCUCGUCAGACCUAACACUGGCGCCAGGGUCGCUGCUCUUCGGCCCUUGCCCGACGAUUCGGCGAAACCGUCUCCACUCAAGACCUCACAAAUGUCCAAAAUAAAUUUUCACCUCGAGGAGGAAACGCAACCCAAGGACCCGGCUGCAGCAGCCAUUCAGGCGUUGGCGCUUGAGAUGCGAGAGGCACUGCAGCAGCUGAUUGCGCGGAACCGGCGUUUGGAGGCAGAAGUUCGUCAGUACAGAGUCUCUUUCAAAAGCUUGGAGGAGCAGAAGGAGGCGUUUGCACGCAGCUUCCACUCUGCGCAGGCGGAGCUGCACAAGGAGCGACAGCGCAGCGAGUUCCAGGAGCGGGAAUUUCGAGCUCUCUGUGCGCAGCUGGCCUCAACCAUUCAAGGCUUUGCCUCGGACCACCAAGAAAUCGCUUACGUUUGCAAUCCGCCGCACUGCGUUGGAGGAAAAGGCUUGCGGGAGCUGCACGGCCUCGCGCAGCUGCUUCGAGUGAAGCUCGCCCUUGGGGUGUACGCACACCUCAGAGCAGACAAAACGGGCGCCGAGGCUCAACUCCAAGCCCCAGAGGCUCUCACCUCAGACGCUCGGCCUGUUGUGGGGGAGACGCAUCCACAAGGGAGAAGCGGAUCACAGGAAAAACGCGGCCCCGUCGUUACAGUGGGGGAAGUCCGACGGGCGCCUGCUGCCGACGCAGGGCGACGCGACGAUGCGUUCAGACACUCGAGUGCGGACGGCGAGUCCGGUCGUCGAGGCUGCGCGCCGGCGGCAAGUCGCGUGUCAGUUCUGUUGAACUCUGAAGAAAUUCGACCUUCUUCGCGACCCACGUCGGCUCCGCACUCCUCGCGAUCAUGUGCGUCUCAGAAUCAAUCAGGCAUCGCACAGGCGAGCGUGGAGAGCUCCACUUCUCUCUCACAGCAAGUCUGCGGGCAGGCGAGUCGUGAGUCUGCGGAGUCGACGCAGGCGCAGGAAAGGAAAUUCGGGGAAGCGGAAAGUGGGCGACUUCUCAACGGGGAUGCCGCAGGGGCUCGCGACGGUGCAACUCGAGAACAUGUGGAGAGCGACCACGAGUCUGUGUCGGAGAGGUCCUCGCAUAGCAGUCGAUCUAGCGAAUCAGAGUUCUUUUCUUCGUCAGCAGGCUCUUCUCCGCGGCUCUCGCUACGAGCUCCACCAGCCAAGUCCACGCGACCCAAAUUUGUUCCUUGUCUGUCGACUGCAGCUGCAGGUGCGGGUUCUUGGAUGUCGGGGAACCGCGAACCGAGUGAAUAUCCGCAGGGAAUGUGAAAAAGCAAGAAAGCUGUUUCGUUUUGGGAGAAUCUGGCGAACAUAGAUAGAAAAUCUGGGGACAAAGCUGAAGGGGCGUAGGCGUCUUCGCAAGAUGGCCGAGACGCAUGUGUUCCUCAAAUGUCAGUGGAUCAAAGGUGAAGCUUUGCUGGUGGGGUGAAGUUCCAGAGACGUUGUCUCUACUCAUUCCUUAACUUCACCGAACAGCCGUCCUCUCUCCGCACAAGAGUUCAGUGCGACACGCUGCGAGUUUUCACUUGAGAGGAGGAACACCGCGGUCGACGGAGCGUCGUCUAGCAGGUUUGCGGUCUAGUUGACCGGAGCUAAGAGGCGACGCUGCAGAGGUCCGAAAAGAAGAAAGAGCGUCUGUAGACCGUCAGGCGUUCGAUGUGAUAACUAAGCAGCAUAUGCGAAUUGGCAUGGCGGAAAGGAACAGAGCUAUAAUGUUUUCGUGAAGCAACAUGAUCCAUGUUUCUGUUAACAAGCACUGUUUUCCUCGGCAGAAAACCCUGGGAGGAAAAGGAUCGACACUUUCCGUCUGCUCUGCUUUCGGUGGAGAGCCCCAGGCAAGACAACAUGUGAUACAUAGAGAAUGUUUUUGUGUUACGCCAGGCACACAGUUUUCUCCAGUUCGUCGAGGUGCGAAAUUGGGUAGUGGACGAAGGGGGCUUUUUGUUCGAGAGUCGUUUCUCGGGAUGAGGAAGGGGGAGACCCGACGCGCUCUGAGGAAGCGUGCGUACUUCUCGACUACGUAGCGUCAAUCGCUAUGAAACGCUUUAGCGAUUAAGAGGGGAAACAGUCCAAAGAAAGAGUCAGUUAUGGAAACUUGUCGCGAAUUGACUGCCGCCCAGUGGUGGUCUUCACACGUCUGCCGCUGAGAUAAGGCCUGCACUGAAAAAGCCGAGAACUGUCUCAGGAGAUCGGUGCCCAUGAUUCUUUUUCUGGAACUCUCGGGAAGAACAUGUCUUUUCUUGGCAUGUCAGUGGCAAGGGGAAACUGCCUACUUGGUAUGCGAUUCGAUGUGCAUACACGCACGCAGCCGCGCCUGUGAAAAGCGACGCGUGCGACGAUGUGGAAUAACGUUAAUGUCGUAGGACAUUGAACUCGAACUGCUGCAUUACGUGUAAACUUUAGACUGGAUACGUUUUAAUGUUAACUUACUACAGACCAUGGGAGCGACGAUAGUCUAAUAUGUAACUUCUUUCAUGGAACUCAAAACCCCGAGGAACCUGUGUUCACAUGGAAUAGAUUUGAGAGUCCAAGUUGGUUGAGACGAAAAAAGAAAAACAACGUCUGCCGAUACACGUUUCGGCGAUGUGACUAAGGGUAGUGCUUUCGUUUUUCUACGGAGAAACCACAAAAGCUCUCAUUUUCUGUAGAAGCUCUUUUCUCACCUAGAACGUAGGCGAGGGAGUAGCACAACACGCAACAGAGUGGUAUAACAAAAGAGUUAACCUCUGAUCGGUAAGAAGCCGGAGUAAAAGCACAUGAAAACCAUGACUACAGCAUGCACUAGUUUUAGUAAAAGCACGUUGUCUGUAGAUGUUUAAGUUUCACCGGCGUUACGAACAGAUUACAGAUAGACCCUGCACUGUGACUACCCGACGUCGUCAGGACGCCUUUCUUUCGAAAUCGUUUCCUGAGAAGCUUGUGCACACAUCCCACUGAGGCAGGGUGUGCAUCAAGAAAUUCACCUAGAAUCCUUCGUAAAACCUGUUGACACACGAAUGUUAAGGCAACUCUGCAGGUAUAGAUACAGUGGCUGAAGUUUAUUUUAUCAACUUACGUUAAUUUGGCGAAUGCGACCGGUCUAGCACACCCUUCGGGAUCGAUUUUCGUGCAAGCCUUUUUGGUUUGAUGGAUCAUACAGUUUCAGAU